GUCUUGUGUGCAUCAUCCCUUUUUCUCCUCUUUAUCCUCCCUUUGUCUUUCUCAUUAAUCAUUUUUCUCUCAUUUUUUCUUUCUUUCUUUUUGGCGGGUUUCUAAAAAAAUGGCCUCCGAGUCAAAUCAUAUGGCGUACCUACUGGGCGCGCUGAUUGCCGUUGGCAUCGCAUACUUUUUCUUCAACCCCAGCGGGGGCCAGUCCAAGGCCGUCAGCGUCCCGGCCGCCAACGCCAACGCCAACGCCAACAAGCUCUCGGCGCCAGUCUCCGACGCCAUUCUGCAUUCCUCUGAGUACCGUAAAUUCAAGCUUACCGCCAAGAUCCAGCUGAGUCCUAACACUGCACGCUACCGCUUCGAACUGCCCUCCUCUGAAUCUGUUCUCGGUCUGCCUAUCGGUCGCCACAUCCAGCUCAUGGCUGUGAUUGACGACAAGGAUGUCAUGCGUAGCUACACACCCACAUCGACGGAUAGGGACAAGGGCUACUUUGAACUGGUCGUCAAGACCUAUCCGAAUGGUUUGAUCUCCUCGUACCUGGCUGCCAUGGAAAUUGGUGACACGAUCAACGUCCGCGGCCCCAGCGGUGCUUUCAGGUACACUCCCAACAUGAGCCGCGCCAUUGGUAUGAUUGCUGGUGGCACUGGGAUCACCCCGAUGUACCAGAUCAUCCAGCACAUUUUGGAUAACCCCGAGGACAAGACUGUGCUGAGCGUGCUGUUUGCCAAUGUCAAUGAGGAUGAUAUUCUUUUGCGCGAGCAGCUCGACAAGUGGGCCGCUGAGCACGAGAACUUUAAUGUGCACUAUGUGCUGAACAACCCACCAGAGGGAUGGACCGGCGGCAUUGGCUUUAUCAACAAGGAACUGCUCCAGAAGCACAUGCCCGCGCCCGCUGAUGAUAUCAAGGUCUUGAUUUGCGGCCCGCCGCCUAUGGUCAAGGCCAUGGACAGUCAGCUUGUUGAGCUGGGUUACGAGAAGGUCAAGGUCAUCUCCAAGCCUGAUCACCAGGUAUUCAAGUUCUAGAAUGGGUCUGCGAUCAACCGGAUGUUGAAAAAUGCAUUCAUGUUUGCGAGCUUUGAAAUAAAUGUUUUUUAUUUGUUUAUUUUACAAUAGAAAGUCUAAAUUUUAUUUUUAUAUUAACAA